AUGGCUAACAGAUCUUUGGAAAAAAACAUUUUUUCUCAAGAAGGAACUACCUCCUUAAGUUGUGAGCAAAUAUUUGAAAUUUCACUUGGUGUCGCAUGUGGAAUUGAGUAUAUGCACCAAGGAUGUUGCAUGCAAAUUUUACACUUUGAUAUCAAACCUCACAACAUUCUUUUGGAUGAAAAUUUUAUUCCAAAAGUUUCUGAUUUUGGGUUAGCAAGAUUAUGUUCAUUGGAUAAUAAUAAUGUGUCCCUAACUGCAGCAAGAGGAACCUUAGGAUAUAUAGCUCCUGAGCUAUUUUACAAAAAUAUUGGAGGAGUUUCUAAUAAAGCUGAUGUGUAUAGUUUUGGAAUGUUGUUGAUGGAAAUGGCAAGUAAAAGAAAGAAUAUAGUCGCAGUUGCAGGAAAUACUAGUCAAAUUUACUCUCCUUCAUGGGCGCAUGAUCAAUUAAGUCAAGAAAAAAAUGUCGACGUCGCAACAGCAGAUAUAGAUGGGGAAGAUUCAAUAAUUAUAAAGAAAAUGAUUAUAGUGGCAUUAUGGUGUAUACAAAUAAAGCCAAGUGAUCGCCCUACAAUGAACAAAGUCAUAGAAUUGCUUGAAGGAGAAAUUGAAUGUCUACAUAUGCCUCCUAAACCUUCUCUAUAUGAAUUGGAGAAGCCUAUUGAUCAUGUUCAAUUUACAUUGUAUUCAGUGGACUCAAUAAUACCAUCAUUAACACUACAAAGAUAAUUUUGAACCUACAUCCCAUCAAUUGGCAUUUACAGUCUCUGUACUUUUUUUUAUAUAUAAAAUUAUUGCUUUUCAUCUUUGUUAUAUCAAAAUAUUAUUGUCAUUUGUGAUUUA